GUAUUCGCACGCAGUCACUGACGCGCGCGCGCUACGAUCGUAUGCCACAGUGAAACGUCGUGCCUGUAGCACAAUGCUCUACACAUCUAUAGUCAUCCUCCUCGUGAUCGGCGCGGCUUUAGGCGUGCCCGAAGCCGCCCGCAACGAGCAGGUGACCCACGACCGCCCAGACCAGCUCCCCAUCCAGGAGCCUGUCGCGCACCAUGUGGCUCAGAUGGAGAAGAGAUCGCCUCACUAUGACUUCGGGCUCGGCAAGCGCGCUUACAGCUAUGUGUCGGAGUACAAGAGGCUGCCUGUCUAUAACUUUGGACUGGGGAAAAGGUCGCGUCCUUACUCCUUUGGUCUGGGGAAGCGCUCCAUAGACUUGGAGCAAGGUGACGAGUUCCCAGCUGAAGUGGAGCAGGCCGCGUACGACGGGUUCGACCAGUACGACGACGCGCCAGCAUACGAAGUGAAACGAGCUCGCCCCUACAGUUUCGGUCUCGGUAAAAGGCUGUCCCAGGACGAGGACGCCGAAGAAAAACGCGCAAGGACCUACGAUUUCGGCCUCGGCAAACGACCGCACAUGUACAAUUUCGGCCUCGGCAAACGCGCUCGGAGCUACAACUUCGGCCUAGGCAAACGACUCGCGAGCAAAUUCAACUUCGGCCUGGGAAAACGAGAAAGGGAUCUCCACAGGUUUAGUUUCGGCCUAGGCAAGAGAUCCGUUGACAUGGCUUACGACGAUAACGAUAAUUAUCUCGAUGUUUAAAUUAAUUACCGAAUUUCAAUGGAAACUUGUGUGGGAUACGAGUUACGACUGACACGUGAAAUGUGAAUAUUGUUUUAAACAUAAGAUUCUCUAUAGAUUUUUGUUCUUACGUCACGUUAAGAUUUAAUUAAUGAAUUGAUUAAUUUUGUACGCUUCUCAAUAUGAAAAUUACAGCCGAUUUUUGAAUAUCAGUUACAGUUAUAAUUAUAAAUGUGUAUAUUGUAGGAAAAUAAACGGAUUAUUAUUAUUAUGUUUUCAAAUACUUUUAUAAAUCGAACAUAUAUUAUUUCUGGAGAGAAAAUAAUUCCACGUAAGUUUUCAUUCUGGUCGCUGUUUCUAGUCAGUAUUUUUGUGGUAUUUAUUUCUGUAAUGUCAGUAUUAAAACUGGUCAUUGAUAAAAAUAUUUUGAAAUAAUAAUAUUUAAUCGAUUUUAAAAAGAUCUCUAUCAUGCCUUAAUUGCUAAAAUUAAUGGUAUGUAUAACUUUAUAAUAAUUGUAUACUGAUCAUUAUGAAUAUUUAGUAAGUUUCAAAGUGCAUUUUUAGUUUUAUUUUGUAAAUUAUUGUUAAUGUAGUUUUAUGUAGGUGAUAACCUCUGUAAGUUAAUAAAUGCUUAUUAUUAAUUAAAUCAUGGAACUAUGAAACUUUAUAUAAUAUUUUAAUUUAAUUAAAUAUUAGAUGAUUUUAAUAACGUGCCAAAUUAUCAAAUAAAUCUGUUAACCUAAUAUUUUUCGAUUUUAUUACCUUUAGAUUUUAUUUAAUAGAAAAAAAUUCUAGUCAAUUAUACCAAAGAUAGCCCCACAGGUUUCGUAGUUCUAUGAGCCUUCUAUGUAAGUUUCUUGAAGACUUUAAGUGUUGUUUUGAAUGUAACCAAAUAAAUAUACAAAAGAAAUGCAAAAAUUAUACAAAUCCUAGAUGAUGGCAUCAU